CGCCGCUGAAUGUAAACAAACCCGCAUUUGUGUUUGUUUUCCGCAUCGCAUUUGUGUCCUUGUUUUUAGGCCAUUUUUCGCAAUGAAAACUGUCACAGUGAAGUGGAAUGGGAAGGAGUACGACGUGGAGGUGGACGAAGCCAUCAUGACGGUGAGGGACUUCAAAAACGCCAUCGAGAAACAGACAUGUGUGAGGCCCGAGCGACAGAAGCUGCUGAAUCUCAAACUCAAAGGGAAGGCCCCAGAUGACAGCACCAAAAUGUCAGCAAUCAGCCUUCGACCAGGAACCAAAAUAAUGAUGAUGGGUUCCCUAGAAGCGAGUGUUGAGGAAGCACAGCGGAUUCCAGACGAUCUUCCGCCAGUAAUUAACGACCUGGACAUAGAAGAGGAAGAGGUAGCAAUUGAGAACCGCUCUGAGUACCUACAGAAGGUGGAAAGAAGAGUCAAGGACUAUGAGGUGAAAAUGCUCAAUGAAAUGCGACCAGGCAAGAAGCUCCUUGUGCUCGACAUAGAUUAUACACUGUUCGAUCACCGUUCGACGGCAGAGACUGGGGCAGAGCUUAUGAGGCCCUUCUUGCACGAGUUCCUUACAUCUGCUUACAAGAAUUAUGACAUUGUGAUUUGGUCUGCUACGAGUAUGAAGUGGAUUGAGGAGAAGAUGAAGCUCCUCGGAGUGUCUUCGCAUCCAGACUACAAGAUUGCAUUUUACUUGGACUCACUGGCAAUGAUUACCAUUGAGACACAGAAAUAUGGGGUGAUUGAAGUGAAGCCCCUCGGUGUGGUGUGGGGCAAGUACAAGCACUACACGCAGCAGAAUACCAUCAUGUUUGACGACCUACGACGGAAUUUCCUGAUGAACCCCCAGAAUGGGCUCAAGAUCCGCCCUUUCCGACAAGCACACCAGAACCGAGCCACAGACCGAGAGCUCCUUAGGCUCUCCUUCUACCUGGAAGACAUUGCGUCAUUAGAGGAUAUUUCCACACUCAACCACAGCAAGUGGGAGCACUACCGCAAAGAUGGGUAUAAUGUGUCCACAGAUUAGGAUAGGAUACAAAGUAUUUGACUGUUUGGGUAUUAAGUAUCGGCAGAUUGAAUUAUUAUGUGUCUGCCGAUUCAGGUUUGAUGGGCCCACUGAUUAAAAGAAAGAGGAAAUUGCUUGGCACACAUUUAUGUGCAUAUGCAGAGAUUUUCAGUGAGGUGGACUUCUUGGAUGUGAGAAUUGGAAAGUCUUCAAGUCAGUUUUAUUUCCAUUUUUUUUUUUCCUUUCUUUUUUGCGCAAACUGUUGUUACUUCUGGCUUGAGGGCAGGGAGGAUAUUCCCUGAGGAAUAGGCAUAGAGCCAAAUGCAUUCACUAGAUUCAAGGCAUGUGAAAGCUUAACAAAGUCCUAGCAAGGUCUAAAGUCUCGUUUUGUUUUUAUAUCUUUGUUAAUAUUUAUUGAUUAUUAUUUUUUAUUUUUGUUUUAUUGGGAAGAUUGCUGUCUAAAGGACGACACAGCAUCGUCUAAGUAAGUUUGUCACAAAGCGUACAUGCCAGCUUUUACAAGGGAUGGCUUCAAGGGUUUAGACAGUUCUCCGACAUUUAUUUUUCCUUUUUUAUUGUUAUUUUCUCUUCCUUUUGUAAAGAAUGACUAGGAUAUUGCAAGGUAGGAACAGCAUGCCCAUUAAGAAGAAGAACAAACACAAAAAAACAAAAACAAAAAAUAAAAAAAAAUAAUGUGAUAUGCUCAAGAUGAAAAUCAUGCUUCCGCCACAGGUUCGUCAAGCAACAAGACUUGCAGGACUUUUACUGGUCUGAUAGAUAUCAUUCAUGUUUGUAAGAAGAAGGAAAGAAAGAGAGAGGGAUUGAGGCCGAGAGGAGAGAGGAGCAGGGGAAUAGGGAAAGAGAGAGCAAUAGAUGCAAACAGAGAAGAGAAGUAGAAGGAAGAGAGAGCAAAAUGAGAAGGAUAGAAAAGAAAAUUUCUUCUUCUUCUUUUUCUUCUUCUUCUUCUUCUUCUUCUUCUUCUGCAUUUCAGUCCCAGUUGAUUUAUUGGAUUCAUAGAACCAUGUCCAGGGAAAAAAAAAAAAAAAAAAAAAAA